AUGGUGAGGACAGCAAGGGAGGAAAAUGCCAGGAAACCCGGGGCGCCAGAUGCGCUGACCCUCGCCGAGCGCGCCGGAGGAAAUCCACCAUGGUCCCCGCGCCAGGAAGCGGAGGGACGGGCAGCCCGAUCCCCCGCCCGGCCUCUGCCCAACUUCCGCGCCCGACCCGCUCCGCGCCCGACCCGCUCCCCGCCGUGCCCCGCACGGGCCCUACCAACCUGCGCCGCCGCAGGCUCUCUCCGGGACGGAAGCCCGAGCCUCCGCGGGCGCCGGGCGGAGUUAGUUGGUGGCUCGGGUUCCCUGGGCGGGGACAGGCUGAGCACGCGGCAGCGGCGGCUGUCCCGGCUCCCUCCUCCCCGGCGGUGCGCUGGGCUCCGGGACCUCCCGGUCCCUCCCGGUCCCUCCCGGUCCCUCCCCCUGGGGCGGCUCCCGGCUGCGCCCCAGCCUCGGCUCCGCCUCCUGCCCUCCGAGCCCAGCACUGGCCACCCAGCUCCCGGGAAGCGCUUGGACCGUGUCCCUAACCAACGUGCGAGCCAGAGGGCUGCACCUUGCCCGAGGACUACCACCACCACCACCACCCCUGGGAGCGUGGAGAAGGCCAGGCCCGAAAGUCUGUGGGACACGGCGGAGUCCUGGAUCCUUUCAAGCUAGCCCCGUGCAGUGGCCGUGCCGGCUGCUUGGAAGGGGGCAGAGGACGGUGUUCGCGUCGUCCUCCGCCAGGCUGCGGGGUUCCUAAGCUGUGUCCUGAGUGAGUGAGGGAGUUCCCACUCCCUUCCCCGCGCCCUCCAGGCUAGGGCUCUGCCAGGCCGUGCGCACCUGGGAUAGGACGCUUGGAUUCGAACCCUUAGCAGAGGUGUAAUUUCUUUCGAAGUCACCUCUUGCAGUCAGAUCCCAGAAUGCGGGCCACAUGCUAAGGCUGCCCGUGGAUUCCCGGCCAAUACCCUAAUAAGAGAAGCUUGCUUCUCUUGACUUCCCAUUUCUACCUGGCCUCCCUUUUUGAUGCAUCUUCCUACCCUUGAAGAUCAUUCCGUUUUGGCAUGCAGGGCCCAGUGCCACUAAAGUAAGCACACAGGUCAACCAGAGCAGCCCCAGCUUCUCUGAGUGUCACCCCAAAGCGAAAGAAAUGGGGACGGAUGAGUUACAGCCAGGAAUGAUGUGUACUAGAGGCUUAUUAAUGUGCACACACAAUUGAAAGGCUUCUUAUUGAAAGUGGCAUUUGACGCUCCCCUUGUGACUACUGGAGUGUUCAUGGUGCCUAUUCCCUGCCUGUUCCUUUGCUUCUUUCUCCCAGAGUCCUGGCUCGUCUUUCAUCUAACCUUUUUCUCAUUCCAAUUGCAACUCUGAACUACCCUGGGUCUUCAGCUAAGCACUGGCUGUUCCAGGUAGCUAGCGGGCCCUGCUUAGUUCUCUAGAGUUCUAUUGGGCAGGAAGGAGGGUCCCUGAAGAUGUGGAAGAAGUCCAGGAAUGAGGCGGAAAAAAGGAAGAGCUAGAGGAACCAGUCAGUCAUUGCUCUCAAGUCACAGGGGAAUCCACAGAAAGAAAAUCCAUCUUUCCAUGGGGAAACUACUACAGUGGACUAUCCAAUAUCACAGCAUUUCCAGGCAGCAAUGGUGUGAAGGUGUCAGAUCCCCUGGAGCUGGA